AUGGAUGGAUGGAUGGAUGGAUGGAUGGAUGGGGGAUGGACGGAGAGAUGUGGGGAUGGGGGGUGGAGAGAUUGGGGGGAAGAAGGACGGGUAAAGCCACAGCACAGGCUGACAAGCUGGGGUUACCCAUGUCUGCAGAGCGAGCUGGAUGCCCUAUAUCAGGUACCCCGGGGUGUGGGUGCCCCCUGGGCUGGCAGCACUGGUGUCCACCCCAGCUGUGUCCCCACCACUGGGUUCAUGUGCAUGGGGGCUCCCCUGCCCAGGGACUCCUCAAAUGGUUGAAACCUUUCUUGGCAUGAAAAUGUCCCCAGGACUUGGGGCCAUGCCAACACAUCCCCUCUGGGGCCCAGAGAUGGCAGGAGUUGGCAUCAAGGGGGCCAUGCCAAGACCAAGGGGACAACAGGGACCACCCAGGACCCAACUGCCCUGCCGGACAGGGAUCAUGCCUGUCACCAUCCUGAGGUGUCCAGAGGUGCAAUGAUAGCAAACAGUGCAUGUCCCCCUAAGGCUGGAGUAGCACCUACUGUUCCCAGGCUGCUGCUGGGUGGCAAUCACCCCGCAUGGGGACGGGGCACCACUGAGGGACAGAGCAUUGUUGGGGGGAGAAGGGAUCACUAGCAGAAAGACCCCCAGUCCCUCAGGCAACUGUGAAAAGAUGUCACCUGGAUGAGGCCACUGACCUGCAUGUCCCUGUGGUCACCAGCCUCACCCGCCCCUUUUGCUGUGGUUGUCACUUGCCAGGCAGGGUGGGAUGAAGGCGUGAGGGAGAUUGUCCCGCUCUGCUUGCACUGGAGCGGCCCUACCUCGAGCACUGGGGGCAGAUCUGGGACCACAGGAUAAAAAGGAUUGAAAGGUGCUGGAGGGAGUCCAGAGGACAUGGAGAUGGGGAAGGGUGUGAGGAGCAGCUGAAGUCACUGGGUCUGCUCAGCCUGGAGAAGAGGAGACUGAGAGGAGACUUCAUCGCGCCCUGCAGCUUCCUCACACGGGGAGGAGGAGGAGGAGCAGGCGCUGAGCUCUUCUCUCUGGUGACCAAGGACAGGACCCGAGGGAAUGGCAGGAAGAUGACAGAGGAGGGUUAGGUUGGACAUGAGGAGCAGGUUCUUCCCCCAGAGGGUGGUGGAGCCCUGGAACAGCUCCCAGGGGAGCAGUCACAGCACCAAAUGUGACAAUAUUCCAGCACUGUUUGGCCAAGGCCCUCAGCCCCACUGUGUGAAUGUUGGGGUGUCCUGUGCAGGGACAGGAGCUGGACUCAAUGGUCCUUGGAGGUCCCUUCCAGCUGAGGACACUCUCAUUCUAUGACUCUGUGUGUGAGUGCAGAGUCUCCUCCCCAAACCCCUCCCGGCUGCCAGUGUGGAAUCCGACCUGCCUUAUAAAUAAUGGAGGCAGGAGCCAGGCGGAGGAGCCAGGCAGCUCCAGCAGCCUCCCCAGGGCCCGGCUGGGGGCUCGCAUGGGGCUGUGCAAGGGGAAGGCAGAGCAGAUGGGGUUAAACACAGAACCUAACUGGUUCCCUCCAGUAUGGGGAGCAGUGGUGAAGCUGGGCCCCAGACUGGGGACGUUGGGUGGGUGCUCAGCUGGGGGAGGUAGGAACUGGGGACAGCAAUGGGGCAACCACAGGCUGCAGGUCCCACCACCAGCUGUGGUUGGACCUCCCAGCACCUGGGUGCAGCGCCCGCAGUACCCCGGGGUGCUGGACCUGGAGCAGCCGUCCAUGCUGUGCCUCAGGGGCUGCCAGCAGGGCCUGAGUUGUCUGCCGGGCCAAAAGCGGUCUGCAUGGGGAUCUGCAGCCUGCCAGUGCCCUGAUAAGACAGGCGCAAGGCAUGGCAUGAGCUUCGGGAGACGGUGCCGGAGAGAGACCUGUGGAAGAUGUCGAACCCGAGAAACGGUGACACUAAGCCCCCAUGUUUACCCCGCAAUGGACUGGUGAAGAUCCCCACGCAACCCAACGGCCUUGGCUCCGCCAGCAUCACCAAAGGCACCCCUGCUGUGAAGAACCGCUUGUGCCAGCCUUCCUCCGUGCCUGCCAUCCUCAGCCCGGCCUUAGCCCACCGCAGCGACCUGCCCAUCCCCAGCCUGGCCUCCCCGCUCUCCUUGGCCACUCUGGCCGGCGCCUCCUCCCCUCCCAGCGCUUCUUUGGUGGGACUGAACACAAGCGAAGGCUCAGAGCAGCCCUCGCCAGAGCGGCUGCCUGGCUCUCCCUCAGAAAGGCAGCUGGCAGUGGACGAGAAGAUCCUCAACCGCUUGUUCUGGUACUUUUCGGCGUGCGAGAAGUGCGUGCUGGCACAGGUGUGCAAGGCGUGGCGACGGGUCCUCUACCAACCCAAGUUCUGGGUAGGCUUGACGCCAGUCCUGCACACCAAAGAGCUCUACAACAUCUUGCCUGGCGGCGAGAAGGAGUUUGUCAGCCUGCAGGGCUUCGCCGUCCGUGGCUUUGACGGCUUCUGCCUUGUGGGUGUCUCCGACCUGGACAUUUGUGAGUUCAUUGACAACUACCCCCUCUCCAAGAAGGGGGUCAAGUCCAUGAGCCUUAAGAGGUCAACCAUCACAGAUGCGGGGUUGGAGGUGAUGCUCGAGCAGAUGCAGGGAGUGGUGCGGCUGGAGCUGUCGGGCUGCAACGAUUUCACAGAGGCCGGGCUGUGGUCCAGCCUCAACGCUCGCAUCACAGCACUGAGCGUCAGUGAUUGCAUCAACGUGGCCGACGACGCCAUCGCAGCCAUCUCGCAGCUCCUGCCCAACCUCACCGAGCUCAACCUGCAAGCCUACCACGUGACGGACACAGCGCUCGCCUACUUCACCGCCAAGCAAGGCUACACCACCCACACCCUCCGCCUCAACUCCUGCUGGGAGAUCACCAACCACGGCGUGGUCAACAUGGUCCACAGCCUGCCCAACCUGAGCGUCCUCAGCCUCUCGGGCUGCUCCAAGGUGACGGAUGAUGGUGUGGAGCUGGUGGCCGAGAACCUACGGAAACUGCGCAGCCUUGACCUCUCCUGGUGCCCUCGCAUCACCGACAUGGCCCUGGAGUACAUCGCCUGUGACCUGCACAAGCUGGAGGAGCUGGUGCUCGACAGGUGUGUGCGGAUCACCGACACCGGCCUCAGCUACCUGUCCACCAUGUCGUCCCUGCGGAGCCUCUACCUGCGCUGGUGCUGCCAGGUGCAGGAUUUCGGGCUGAAGCAUCUCCUGAGCAUGGGCAGCCUGCGCCUCCUCUCACUGGCCGGCUGCCCCUUGCUGACCACCACGGGGCUGUCAGGCCUGGUGCAGCUGCAGGAGCUGGAGGAGCUGGAGCUCACCAACUGCCCUGGGGCCACGCCGGAGCUCUUCAAGUACUUCUCCCAGCACCUCCCGUGCUGCAUGGUGAUCGAGUAGCAGGAUCCGGCCACCCCGUUCCCACCCCGACAUCAUCCGCCCCAUUUCUUUCCGUCUGCUGGAGGAUGCGAAAGACACCGUUGAACACAUCCAACCCAACAUUGAUGCCCCCCACGGGACACGGGGCUCCGGGAAGGAGAUCGGGGACAGCGUUGUCCCUCGCUGGAGCCUCCUCUGUAAAUUCCACCCUCGCCCGUCCUUCUCCCGGUGUCCUGUCAAUCCCUUCCAGAUGGACAAAUGGAUAUGAUGGAAACACAGACUGGGAAGGACACGGUGGUGUAACCCUCCCCCGGCCGCAUCCUGCUCCCCCUGCCCCGAUGCUGAGUCAGCACACGGCCCUGCUGCCAUGGAUGCUUCUUGGGGACCUAAGGAUGCUCUUGGCCACCACAGGAUGCUCCUUGGGGACCAAAGGAUGCUCUUGGGGACCACAGGAUGCUCCUGGGGAUAGGUGGGAGGACAAUGCUUAUUUUUGGCACCCGUGGGUGGAGGUGGAAGCUGGAUGGGUCCCCUUGCACCCCUGGACCGGGUCACCAAGCUGUCCCCCCCCACCAUGCGUGUAACCCCCAGACCCCCAGCCCUGCCCUUGGGGUGCCAAGAGCUUUCUCCUGGUGCACAGGAUGUUCUUCUCUGCCCACCCACCCACCGCCCUCGCAUGCUUGCUUGCUUCAGUCUUGUGGUACAGCAACUCCGGGGUACCCAGGGGGUCACAAGUGACAGCCCCCACUUGGCCCCUCCAUACGCCUUCACCCUGGCCAGAUCCUGGCCCAGGAGCCAUGGUCUCCAUACAAGCUUCCCCCUCAUCCCAGGGCCCCCCCUGCACCCUGGUUUCCGUGGGGCCGGUGGGGUGCUGACCCCAAGGCGUCACCCAUCUGGCUGGGAUGGGACAUCCUUGGCCAAGUCCAAGCCACUAUGGGGACACUAGGAGACACGGAGCAAAGGUCCAGGAGGUGACACCUCAGGACACGUUGCCACCACUCUUCCAACUGGAAAGCCAUCACCCCAGUGGUAACUGGGGGUCCGGGGGCACCCCUGGGCUGAGCUGGGCAGGGAUCCAGGGGGCUGGUGGGGACCUGGCGUGGGACAGGGCUUGGAGGCCAUUCCUUUGGGCAUCAUCUGCUGCCACACUGGUUGCCCACAUGGCCCGGGAGGAGCACGGGCACGGACAUGGGCACCAACGGAUAUGGACAUGGACAUGGGCACCAACAGACAUGGGCAUGGAUACGGACACGCUUUCGGUUUGUUUUGCCUUUGUACUGGCCGGGAAGGAACUGCUGCACCACCCACCGCCUCCAAACCCUUCUUUGGCCAAAAUGCUCCUUUC